AUGGAGCCAGCGGUUGCGAUCGAGUGUUCAGCCGUCGGUGUAAGGGCGCGGUCCUCAUCAAGCCGCCAAGCACCUACGCUUAUGGAGAAAUUCUACACUCCGAUGCGAACACCAUCCGCAAAAUCAAGACGAAAAGCACUUUCUCCGGUCGUACAGAAACCACGAGAGGACACGUGCUGUUCCUCUCCCUAUAACAUAGUCGAACUCGAUAUGGAUGAAAAAGAACUACGCGCUCAUGUUUUGGAGCAAGACGCCACAAUUAGAGAUUUACAGAAGACAAUAAAGAAAAUGGAAGAAGACAUGGGUUCUCGAAUGAAUGAAAGCAUACUAAUCGAAACAAGUAAUCGUAUCAGCGCUCAUGAAUCCCGUAUAUUUCAAAAAGAUAUUGCGUUAUACGAACACGAUCUCAAGGAAACCAAAGAGAACCUUCGAGCAUUGAGGCUCGAUUUAUCAGCGGAAGUGAACAAACGUAUGACUGCUGAAGACGAUCUUCGGCGACGUCUGAUAGAAAUCGAAGAGCUCGAACAUAAAUUAAAAAGUACUAACGAUACGAUGAAUACAUUACAAGAAAAGCUUGUUGACAAAGACCAAACAAUAACACAGCUUGGAUCGGAAGUCACUUCUGCUAAAUUUGAGAUUUCCACGUUGCAGACGAGACUAGGCAAGUGCCGCCAAGAUGUCGAGGAAGCACGAUCUCGUAACAAGGAUCUUUCGCUUGAAAUAGCUUCUCUCAAAGUCGCUCUAGCAGAGAGUAAGGAGGAACUUCGUCAAAGUCUUGAGGAUGUCAAGGACCAGAAAGAAAAUAUGACGAAGAGAGAGAUUGAGUUGCGACGUAGUUUGGAAACGAACUUCGUGAGCCAUAACAUCUCAACUUCUCAUAACCUUCUCAACGCAUUCCAGUCGCUUUCUAGUCAAUUGGUGACGAUGCAGAAAACCCAACUAACGACUGAGCAGCUAGCUGAUAUACAACAUAAAGUCGGAGAAUUAUCUGCUACUAACAAGUUCCUAGAAGAUAAGAUUAUGGAAUACAAAGAGAAGGAGGAUAUAUGGACGAAGGAGCUCGCUGAGGCACGACGUGACGCUGAAGCUGCAAAGUCAGAACUCGCAGCGCUGCAAAAGAAGUUGGUCGAAAUCGAAGGUAGCUCCUCCCUAACUCAUCAGUAUUUGCUAGAAGAGUCGAAUAAGGUCAAACAGCAAAAAGCGGAUCUGCGCUGCGAACUACUGGAACUUCGUCGUAAUUACAACAGGCAAAAAGAGAAACUCGAAAAACUCGAAACUAGCAAAAUGAAUGAAGCGGAAGUGGUUAAACUACAAGCUGAACUAAAAAGUUACCGUAGUAGAGAGGAGAAUCUACAGAAAGAGAACUCUCGGUUAUCUAAGGAGCUGCGCGAUGCAGAAGAAAAACUGCGGCAAUUGGAAGAGACUCUGAGAUCUACACGUCACGAAGCUGGAGAGCUCUCUGUGGAGCAAAACAUCAAUCGUGAGCUUCGCGAAGAGCUUAAGAAAGCAGAAGCAAAAUUAAUUGCGCUGACAAAUACCAUGGAAAUAGUGGAUUCACAGUGUGAACAGUUCCGGGAACUGAAGAAGCGAGCCGAGGCAGGAAGACAAAAGGCGUUGAAUGAGUGCGCGGACAUGACUGUUAAACUCCGAGAAGCCGAACGUGAUCUCGAGCGUCAGCGCCUAUCAGAAGUUGAAUUGAAUCAGUUGAGGGCUGAAAAGGAGCGUUUGGAAAUGAAGAUCCGAUAUCUUAAUGAUGAGCUCCGAGAAACUCACAACGACUAUAGAGCAGAAUUGGCACAACUUGCAAAGCAAAUAAGUGAGACGAAGUGCAAGGAUGCAACGGACAACGAACAUUAUACUGUUAAGAUAGAUCAACUAAAGAAUCAACUAGCACAAGCGGAGAGUAUUUCUCGCAGUACAAAGCGACUAGUGGAAGAAUUGAAACAGGACAAUGAAAAACUCAAGGAACAGCUCUCAGACGGAGUCGUUCGUGAAAAGGGGAUCACGGAAGAAAACAAGAAAUUGCGUGGAGGGUUGACGGAUGCAUUAGUUAAAAUAGAUAACUACAAAAAAGAAGCUGAGCGAGUGAAAGAGACCUGUCAGGAGAUGGCCGAACAGUUGGGAUUGAACGAAGAACGCAUCAGUAAGCUUGAGGAAGAAGUGAUCAAUUUGGAAGAGAUCUUGAGAGAAAAGGAGAAGCUUGAAGCAUAUCUACAAUCGCAAGUUAAAGCCAAGGAUAUGCCUAAACUCAGCCGAAGGAGCACUCUUUUACGAACACCUACCGAAAGUUCAUUAGAAAUUAUUGAUCCUGAAAUAGUUGAAGAGCUUGAAAAUCAAAAAUCAAGCUUGCUGAAAGAGCUAGAAGAAAAGAAGAGAGAGUUGAUAUCGAGGAAGAUGAUGCCACCGCCACUACCAAGAGAUCACAGAUUUCAAUCAUCAGCUCCUCACAGUAACACUAUAGCAAGGCAUCCUAUGGCUGGGCUACAGUCGAAGUCUCUCGCUGAAAUUCGAUGCACUCCUCAUCAACAGAAUAAGGCUACAACGUUAGCUACACCAAAUCCACAGAAAGCUAUCAUGAGGCAUGAUAUUCCUCAUAGAUGGACUGAACUGCGACAUUUUGGACUGUUCAGCAUUAAGUGUGCGGUCUGUUUUGUAGGUGUACCAACGUUCGCAAAGAAGAAACGUUGUGCUCAUUGUGGUAUUAUUGUACAUUCACAAUGCGCUUCACGGGUUGUGAACACAUGCGGUCUUCCUGAUCAAUGCGCGAACUAUUAUUUGGAUACGUAUAGCACGCCUAACGGAAAAAUGAACGGAUGGGUUAGGUUGUUCAGGGAUGACUCGAAUGUACGAGAAUGGCAAUCUGCUUGGGGAGAGAUGGACGAAAAGCGCCUCGUUUUCUACGACAAUGAUGCGGUACAAACAGAUCUACGGAAGCCUUUCCUUUCAAUUGACCUCGAAAAAGAGCUUCGGAUCGUUCGAGUUGGUAGUGAAGUGCCAGUAAAAACGGACAAUGGUCAAGUCUCGCACAACGUAGUUCACCUUAAGACGGAAACACGGAACAUCUACAUCUUAGCACCGUCAACGCAGACAGCAAAACGUUGGGCCGAAGCUCUCCAGAACGCAUCUACGAGAAGAAUGAUGCUUACCAGGAGACCGAGCUCGUUUUCCGAACAGUCAUGUCUUCUUGUGCUGUCAACACCGAACAAUCUUACUAUUCACACGACUUGUGUAUUUGACGACUAUCUACUCAUAGGAGCUCAGAGUGGUUUAUUCUUCACUUACAUGAGCGGUCCAAGAGUGCCUGUGAGAAUUGGAGGAUUCAACUCAGUCCUUGCGAUGGAGAGCCUCCCAGAUCUGAACAUUCUUGCAUUGAUAAUGGAUCAUCGGCGAACGCUUGCGCUUGUUCCAUUAUCUGCUCUGAAGUCUGAAUUACAUGCUGUCCAACCUUCUCUACGAGCAGACGUCCUUGGAGGCUACGAUAAUCUACAUGCACUUGCGUACCACCAACAAGAUGCAAACAGAUAUUUGUGUGCGGCUAGCUCCACGAAGAUUCAUGUGCUCAAGUACAAUGCGGCGAGAGACGUGUUCACUGGGCACCAGGUGAUAGAAACAAGUGAACCAGCUAUGUGCCUCACAUCAACCUCGAGGGGGUUCUACUUUGGCGCUGAUAGCUUCUAUUUUGUUCAUCUUGGAAGAGGAGAUCUGGAACCGCUGCGACUAGCUGGUUCAAAUAUAGCAGAUUACCCAAUCGCCCUCCUUAAUAUAAGAGAAGACGAAGUGCUCUUGGCUUACCAAAACUACGGACUAUUCGUGAAUUCGCGAGGAGAACGUACACGAAAACAAACAGUGGAAUGGGAACAAAUGCCUAUGGAGUUCGUAUACACUGCUCCGUAUUUAUACGUUGUCCACUACGACUCUAUAGAAAUAAUGCAAGUUGCUGAGUAUAACGGGCCAGACUCGAACACGAUACUUGACGAACGAGAAGUAUACGAAUGCCGUAACGCACAUGUAGUGUGCUGCCGACCGAACGGAGACGUCUUCAUCUCGAUUUCGAACACGGAUAGCGUAGAAGUACACCGAUUCAAUGCGACAAACAGUAAACGAAGUGCUGUGAAACGAAAAGGCCUGUCCGCAGCCACAUUUGACAAACGAUCCAAAGUUGCUCUCUAA